UUUGUGUCCUCUAAUUAAACUGAGUGGUCCUUGGCAGCAAUGGUGAGCCUCUCCUUUCCUCCAGUGGAUCAGGGUGAUAGAUAUGGUAGUGUUGGGAGUACACUGGUAGGGAGAUGGAACAUAAUUGUCACAUAGGGGUUUCCCUUCUAUCAGCUGAGCCUAGGACCCCACCACCACCAUGCGAUACAAGGUACACAAGAGGCAAAGCGGGCCCAGUUAAAAUAAUUUCCCUUACAUAUGCUGGUAAAAGGUAAAUAUUUUAAACGUCUAUAUUUAUAAAACUGGAGUUACAGUCUGUCAGUACUGUUUUAUAAUAUUUUAGUUUUGUCCGAACACCCCCGCAAAUCAUGAAAUGUGGAUGCUCCCUAAAAUGGCGGCGGUGUCUGUCAGUGAAGAGUGAAACUUUGCUAUUUUAACACACAUUUUGCAGUUUUCUGACAUAUUCUGUUAGUUGCGGUCGUCUGUAUGUCAAAGUAAGCAUAAUCGGAACACAUAGACGUUUUACACAGAAACUCGGGACCAAGCGGCGUUAUUCUGGGAUCCGUUUUUGAUCGCCAAAUCACUUAGCUUCCCUCGAAGUUGACGGCGACCGAGUGCCUGACAUUGCGAUCAUACCGACUGUUGUUGUCAUCACACUGCUAAACGCGGAAACAUCAGGUGAGAUUGGACACCGGCCGUUUGGCUAGCUAGCUUGCCGACCACAGUGCGUCGAAAAUACCUCUGCGGCUUGUUGAGCUGGAUCCGUCAAGCAGGUCGGAGCUCCUGUGGACGUGUCCCCUGGCAGUGGAAAUAAAGAGGUGGUGUUGGAUGUCACCACCAGUCAGUGUCGUGCUAAAUCUGGUUUGCUAGUAUCGUCUAUCGUGGCAAAUCAAAUGGAGAAGCUUCAGGACCUGAGCCAUUCAGAGCUACAGGAGCUCCUGGAUAACCCAGAAAGGGUGGAUUCUAUAGCUCUGGAGUCUGACGAGAUCCAGAACAUACAGCUGGAAAGAGAGAUGGCGCUGGCAUCAAAUCGCAGCCUGGCAGAGCAAAACCUGGACAUGAAGCCUCGCCUGGAGUCACAGAAGGACAUACUGGUGGACAGAUACAGUCAGCUGGAGGCCGUGAGAGAAACCUACAGACAACGCUGGUCCAUGAGAGAUGGGAUAGUCGGUCAGGUGUCUCCAGAAGCAUUGUUCUCCAAACUACAGACAGAGGGCAGCAAAAUGGAGGCAGAGUCAGAGGCUUUAGCUGAUGAGUUUCUGGAGGGCUCACUGCCGUUGGACUCAUUCCUUGACCGCUUCCUCUCCCUGCGCUCCCUCGCUCACAAAAGACGAGUGCGGGUAGAGAAACUUCAAGAGAUCUUGCGACAGAGGAGUGAAGGCAAUCCCACAGCCUUGACAUCAUCAGAAGGUAUCAGCCAGGAUCCCACAGCCACACCGUCCCCAUGGAAUCAACAGACAACAACAGCAACGGCGACAAAUCAGCAGCAGCAGCCGAACUCCAAACCUCAGUCAUCCACCUACCAGAACACCUCGCAGCCAGCUUCAUCAUCCGCAAGGGCCUCCUCUGGCCUCCCCUAUAGCCCGUACCCUGUGUCUUCACCCAAUCCUACUCCAGCAGCAGUGGUGGCAGCAGGCUCCGGCCCAGCCAACCCCCCAUCACAGUUCCCUCCGUACCCAGGUUCCGGCUCACCUUUCACCCCAGCAGGAAGCUACUCCGGCCCCAGGCCUGCUUUUGGGCCUCCGGCUUCUGCCACCUGCCCCUACCCAACACAGCCCUCCUUCCCUGCCCCGCACCCAGGCUCAGCAUUCGGCCAGUACACCCCUAGCCAGCCCCCCAGUGGCCCAGCACCCUACCCAGCUUCCUACAGCUAUGGCGGCUACAGCUACCCAGCUGGGCCUGCCUACUCCAAUUCUCAGUCGCCAACAGGGAGACCCAUCUACAGACCAGGAUAUGGAGUUCCACAGCCAUACUCCUGAAAGCACUACUGCUCCUUUUUUUUUGAAUUAUUCUUAAUUCUUCCCUUCUUUACUGUUUAAACUGUUCCUCCUUCCCUGACCCUCAGUUUCCUCAGCCUAAUUCCUUUCUUGUCUUUUUACCUUUUACAACUACCCUCCUCCUUUUUCUCAUGCUCCGAUAUUGUCUGAUUCAAAAGCUCUCUUGCUUUAAUUAUCUUUGUUGCACUAUUUCUCUCUAUCUCUCAAUAUCAGUCUGUUGAUCUCUCUGUCUUUCUCUCUUUCCCUAUUCUCCUCUGUCACCCCACCUACCCAUCAACUUCCCCACACUAGUCUCAGGUUGUUGCGUUGUGUUUGAGUGUUAAAACACUUGUAUCUGGCCCAUCAUGCACUCACUUUCCUCCUUCUCUCCAUCGUUCCUUACUUCAAUCCUCCUGUGUGUGUUGCUAUUUGGCAAUCAGAAUAUCUUUAUAAACACACAAGUGCACUCCCCCUUAUGACAAAUACAUGAAAAACCUGUCUCUGUAACACUACAGCACAUCAGUGUCCAGAAUCUUUGUUGUUCACAUUGUUAUUCACAAGCACAGUCUGCAUUGAGAAAACAACUCUUUAUGAAAGCUUCAGCAGGAAUGAGUACCCUUUAUUUUCUUCAACCAAAGAACCUUGUCAUGAUGACAGUGCUGUGUUUUGUUUCCUUUCAUUAUGGUGGUUUUGGAAAAGGGAGUUAGCUGAAGCUGCGUGACAGCAACUGUGAAAACCUUUUCAUCACUAUAAUAGUAUUGGUCACUGUGGCAUCAAACAAGAUCUAUGAUCUUCUGGGUGGACCUAGCAAGAUUUUUCAAAACUAUUUAACACCAUGUUUGGCAACCGUUGUGUACUGUCCACCGCACAAUAGCACUACAUCAUGGAAUUAGGCCACUGUUUUUAUUCAAAAUAAAUAGUAAAAGUUUAUAGCUAACUUUGUUUUUGGACAUUUCAGGGCAAUGGAAAAAUCUGUAUCAAGCUCUAAACUAGGGGUGGAACAGUUCAUUUAAAAAAUCUGUCAUAUUCGGUACGCUUGUCACGGUUCGGGGCACUUAUGUAUUGUUUGGUUGGUUCGGUUCAUGACACGCACAACGUAAGCCUUGCCAGUAACCCAGUGAAGUUUUUUUGUUUUUAUUUCAUUUGGCAUGAGGCAGAGGCAUUACAUUAUUGUACGUGGGGCCUAUUGAGGAUGGAAGCUUUUACUCCGUGCCAAGCUUUCCAACAGUAUGAACACCAGCAGCUACUGACCUGAGAGAUGCAGGUUGAUUAUAACAAAGCAGCCAAACUACACAUAACACAAAUGGUACAAUACACAAAUGUGUGGACCCAUCUCUGAAAACCAAAAUAUCUCUACAAAGUGAAUAUCUAUUAGCACAGCGGUUGGUCUGUUACGAAUAAAUGAUCCCAUUUUAUGUUGACGUGUGACCUUGAUCUCCCAAAGAGAUUAUUAUUUUUAUUAAUUAUUAUUAUCAUUAUUACCAUUAUUAUAAUUGUUUUUAUUAUUAUUGUUGUUAUUAGUAUCAUUCCACGUGCCACAAGCAGAUUGGAACAGCAUCAAUAAAGCAGUUUCCUUGACUGACGCAGAAAAACAAAGUAGCACGGGACACAGGACAUUUUUACUAAGUUCAUCAAACAAAUGUAUGUAUUAUGGUGCAUGCAUGCACAUUGGUCUUCAUGUGACAGCUCUUUAUAUUGUAAUAAUCGUUUCCUCAGUCAGUUAGGCCCGGUCAGAUGGGCAUCCCUCCUGAUGAUGUGCUUCUCUGGGGGGAAUCCCGGACCUCAGGCUGUGUUCACGCCCUUGUCAGUGUGCGUAAAAUAUAGAAGUUUUGGGAUCUGGGCAGUAGGUUUACUUUACUGUUAUUUUCAUAAAUUCAAUAUUUAGUCCCUGCAUGGUAAUUUGACUGUCUAGUCUGAAUGUGUUUUAUUUCCUCAGGUAAGAUUAGUGCAUCCAGGAAGCUUUUUAUUUCGUUUAUCUCAGCUGUUUUUCUGCUGUAGUGAGUCAUUGGAGAUCUGUUGGGUUAGGCAGUUAGUUUUGUUUUGUGUGUUCAUGAGUUGGUGCCACCUGCAGCCGUUCGCUUUCAUACAUAUGUUUGUUGGUUAGUGUCAAACUACUAAGUAUUUUAUUUUUAAUCAUUUUUAAUGCGCUCUUGCCUUGAUGACCACAACCGGUCUAGAAAUAUGAGAAAUUAAGUGUAACCCCCCCCCCCAAAAAAAAAGAAUUACAUAAACCGAACCAAACCGAAAACCAUGGAUUUUGUGAACCGUCCCACCCCUACUUUAAACACAGUAUCACCUUUUUAAAUUAAUAUGGCUCCUCCUCUUUAUAUCUGCUUGUUGAACAUGAACUGAUGCUCAGCAAGCAAUUGCCUAUUUACACACACAGCAGACACAGAGCAAGAAUAGAAUGAAUUUGGAGUCGCCUCUCUGGCCAUCUUUAAAAUGUAAGUCCAAUGUUCACUCUUCUUUUAAUUCUGUUUUGUUUUCCACAAACUCCAGAAAAAACAUAACUGGCUCUUUAGCUUCUAAAUGCUUUGCUGUGUUCACUGGCUAAUUUACUAACUAUGUCUGUCUGCUGUUUGGUGUAGUGUACUGUGAGGUUAUCAGGUUGAUGUGAGUGGAGAUGGUCAGAAAACCAACACAAUGAUACAAGAUGGCAAUUGGGUAUGCUGUUGAGGGCACAAAUAUUAAGUAUGUAGCUUAAGUUGUCCAUGUGUCCAACAAAUACAAACACAGCUGAUACCACAACAUGGUUUUGUUCAUUUGUUCUCACUUUCCCUGUCAUCCCCCAAGCCUAAUCAAUUCCUUCUCUCCGUCACUCUCCUACUCUUCAUAUCUGCUUGUUGAACAUGAACUGAUGCUUGACAAUGAUUACAAGAGAUUUUAUUUCUUUAAGUUCAAACUAUCAGUGAGCACACAUGUUCUGUAUAGUUUACUAGAGUGAAAAUAUAAAGGUUGGCAAUCAGUUCUGUGUCAAGCUGUGUGUUGAAGUGAAUUGAAUCCAAAUUGGUCCCAGCCACUGUAGAAUACUGUGCUGCUAUUAACACAUUUCUCUCCCAAAGAAAACAAGAAAAUCCUUUAAUUGAGCUUAAGUUGAGAUCUGAGUUGUAAGGCCAUUAUUUAAUAGGUCAUUGAACUGCAGUUUAAAAAGUAUAAAUGCAGCAAGAUAGAGGGAGGUAGCUUUGCUGUAGUAAUGAGUGACUGUUAUUGAAGGAACAGCAAGAUUACACAUAACUACAGAACAGCAACACACAGUUUUGAAUGAUCAAGAGUGAGUUCCACCCCUGUCUUCUUCCCACCAGUCUGGAACACUGCUCAUUUGUAUGUAAUGACACUGCAUGUCAGAACUACGUCCUGCAGUGCUACAUAAUUAUCUCAUUCUUUUUGUUGUAACUUGUACUCAGACUUUAGUUAGAAUCCCAGAUGGAUUCUCAUCAGCAGCACAUCUCUGCAGUAUGACUGUAUGCAGACCAGCAGCCAGCCAGUGAUCUCAUGAUAGUCUCUGUUCUGUUACUCUGGCCUCCACAGGAAAGGCUGGACAUCUAAGAGGACAGCCAUGGUUGCAUUUGCAAGGGAAAAGGAAAGAAAAGGAAAAUUCUAUAGUUGUUUUUAAAAUAUUAUUUAUCUUUUUAUAUAGAUUUCCAUGGUUACUUACCACUCAGUUCUUGAAAACUGAAAUGUUGGGUAUAGGUGUGUCCACUAUAGUUUAAAAGCUGAUUGCUUGUCUGACUGCUCAUGUUGUUUAACUCCAUUAUACAGAUAAUCGACCACUCCAACAGAUAUCAGCAGAUAUAAUUAAUUAUAGGAAUUAUUAUUAUUAAUAAUAAUUCUAUAAUAGUCAUUCUUAUUAUUAUAAGAAUGACAGCCAAUAUCAAGAAAACCAGCCCCAGGUUGUCUUUGAAAGUGGUGAACGUGUUGGAAAAUAGCAUAAAAGCAGCAUGAUGAUAGUUUUCUUGUGUAUAUUAAUAGCAUAAGAAUUGGUAUUUUGGAUAAGAAAUUAGCUGUACCACUUUCUAAUAAGGCACCCUUUAUAAAAACUGUAACUACUGGGUUUAUUGAUAAUAUUUCACAUAUCAGAUAAAUUCAAAGAAGGUUGUGAGAAAUCUCUACAGUGGGUUAACUUGGUGAUGUUAAAAUACCCACUUAGUGAAAACGUGAGCUAUAACUAAGCUAAAUUUGAACAGCUUGUGUGUAUCAGCUUAGCUCUUUCAUUCAUCAGGAACAGGUCUCUGAACCUUAAAACCAUUAAUAAAAACGUAUUUACAAUUACAACUGCAGACCUGGUAGGCUAUUGGAAAUUGAGAAACCAAUGAGCAUCUCAAACAUUUAGAACUGCAUUACUACCAAUCAAAAAGGAUAAACAUCAGUCAAUGGGAUUUUUAAUAACCUGGCAACCCAAAUUGUGUUAGUAGCUGUUAGCAGAUAUAAGGUAUGUAAUUAAUAGUUAAGAACUGCUAGAUAAUCAUUAGUUAAUUAUUAUAAACCAUGAAUAAACCAGUAGUUUCAGUUUAUAAAACUUGUAUGAAGGAUGCCCUAGUGGACUUUGUUACCUACUUAAUCUGUAAUCUAUAUAAUGUGAUCUCUAUCUGCAGAUGAAACAGAUAAUGGACAGUAUAAUGCAUGUGAUGGUGCAUGCUCCAGCUGGAUUGCACUGCUGUUGCUACAGAGCUCCACAUGGUGGCAACAGUGUUGGUGCAUUUCUUCACAUCUGUCAUCAAUUAUG